AUAUGUGAUUGUACAAUAAAUAUGAAAAAAGGCAUCUAGGCAAUAUUUCCCUUUUUUAUUAUACACAGAUAUUAUACAAUUUGUUUUAUGUUCUUGUAGUUUAUAUUUUUUAUUUAAUUUGUUUUUACGUUGUUUUGCUACCAUGGCAACGAUGACUGGAAUAUGGGUGGAUCCAAGGGAUGCACAGCCAGCAGUUUAUAUCACAGGGAGGUUCGCGAAAUUCGGGGCCGUUGACGAAGUGCUUCGACACAAGAACGACAAAUUUGUCUGCGAGGCCUUAAUCGAGUCUGAUCAAAGAAGUAAAGAAAAGACAAUGGAAAAUCGACUACUCCACCGGAACGCCAACACCGACCACUUGAUGACCGAUGAACUAAAGCAACUGAAACGCCAGGAGUUCGUUGAUCGCAAACGGCGCCAACAGCUGCGCAACGACUGCGAGGAACUACGGCAACUGGCCGAGCAGCUGCGACUGGCAUCGAUUACCAAGGAUCUCGAUGAUCAUAUUAUGGAAAUAAAUAGAAGUCGACAAAUGGCCGCACAGGUAAAAGUACAAGGAUUGCAACGUGCAGAGGCAGAAAGGCAACAGCACUUGGCCAUGGAGCUGGAAAAGGAGUUGCGUAGAAAAGAGCAACAAGAGGAGCUACGUAAAACACUAGCAUCCCAAGUUGAAGAGCGGCGACUAUGUCGGCAGAGGCAAUAUGUGGAAACUCUGGCUGAGCGGGAAGAGCGUAUGGCCAUGCAGCAGCAAAUCGAAGAAGAAGAUAGAGAGCACCAGCUGGAGCAGAAGCGCUUAAAGCUGAAGAAGCGAGACGACAUCAUUCAGCUUAUAGAGCAGAAAAGAGAAUAUGAGCAGCUGCAAAAAGCAAAGUGCAACGAGGAUAUUUCAAAACUAAUUGAGAAACAAUUGGAGGACGCUAAGCAUCGGGAAGAAAUGGAUAGGGCCAGGCUAGAAGCGAUACGUAAGCAACAGGAGAUAAGUUUGCGAAUUGGUCAUCAGGUGCUUGAGGUUGAAAAUAGAAAACGACAACGGGACAAUCUGUUGCUGGAUCUGCUGCAGGCAGAGUACAAAGCGAAGGACGAUGAACGCUACCGGCAGCAGCUCCAGCAGGAGCAACUCGAGCGCCAGCGUGCCCGCCAAGAAUUAGAACGGUAUCGUGCUGAAGCUUUUGAGCGCAAUAUGGAAAAUGCACGCAAGAAGAAGGAACAAGCUCUUAAUAAAAAUCUAAUUAUCUCCGACAUGCCUGAGAUUAGCGAAACCGAAAUGCAGACACGUCGACAACGGAAGGAACAUGGUGCAUUACUUCUCUCGAUGAUUGAGGACAAUAAUCGCAAGCGUGCCGAAUCAGCAGCUGAACAUAUUAAAUUCUUCAAUUUGAAAGCCAAAUCAGACGCCGAACGGCAGGAGCGUAUUGAGGAGGAGCGCCUGCAGAUGCUGAGCUCUGUGCCUACUUCGGUUCUGAAAUAUUUACCAAAGCAAGUGCUUUCAGAAGCGGAUCGCAAGUAUUUCAAUGUACAGGAAAAACAAGCGUCAGGUUAAUCGGAUACGAAUUUUAGCCUUUAUUCCUCGGUCCAAGGUUAUUACAAAUUUUAAAAUAGUUGUGUUGUUCAACAUAAAAAUAUAUGUAUGAAAAUAUUUAAUUAUAGUAAAAUCCCAAGUUGGCAUUUCAAACAUAGACACCCAACCCGCCCAAUUUGCCUAC